ACUCCGCUUUUGGUUUCAAUUAUUCAAUAAAGCUGCUGCCGGCGCUUGCGGGAAGAGCUGCUCCUGCAAGGAUGCGGGUGAUAACCAGUUUCUAAAAGGGCAGACCCCAGCCCUUAGGAAAUCCAGGGAGGAGGAGGAGGUGGUGGACGAGCCUCGGCGUUCUCGUGGUCUGGCUUUUCAUAAGAGAAAAGAAUGUCAGGCAGCCACCCAGAAAUAGAAAUCUGCCCCUACUGCAAAAAGCCAUUCAAACGGCUGAAGUCCCAUCUGCCUCACUGUAAGAUGGCAAGAAGUGCAGACUUGAGUGCAGAUUUUUCUCCUGCCAAAAAGGGCACUAGUUCUACCAUGCCUAGAUUGUUGAAUACUGAGAAAAAGAAAGCACAGGUCAAAAGCACCGAAACUACCUCCAAAAAAGAAAACAAAACGAACAAGCCUGAACGGGGAAAGAAAAAAACGAAAAGCAAAAAUGAUUCUUCACAGGAACUGGCAGCAAAAUGCAGCAGUUGGCACAGAGGUGAAGAUGCUCAAAUCAAGUCUACCGCUGUAAAAAUAUCCAGAACAGGAGGCAGCAGCCAAAAUGCCUCAGAAGUUGGUGAAGCACAGCCAGUUGAGCAGGUGGUUUUAAAAGCAAACACUGCAGAGACGUCUAGAAUACAGAAAAACAGAAGGGAAACCACUUCUUGUGGAGCAGGGUCUGCAUCUGAUGUUGGUUUAGAACUAAACAUUCAAAGUGGAAAAUCCCCUUCAGAAUUACCUAGCCAGGCAGUGAAGUGUUUUUCCAAACAGAGCCAAAGUGAAGAGGCAGCACCAGCGAACCCGAAUGUGUCCAGCUGGUUUGAGUCUUCCAUUGAGGAUCUUCCACCGGUUCCUCGGGAAAUUGACAGAAUAGAACUUGUGAUUGAAAACCAUCGUGUGAGGCUACUGAGGAAGAAGGGUGUCUCCUCUGUCCUACAUGAAGUUCCUGCCGGUAACCACAGAAAGGGGCCUGUGGAAUCAUCAUCAGGUGGUGAAGAGGUUGUCUCCACAAAUGGGCAGAACGUUAUUGCAAUGGCAGAGAGGAUGGAUGGGAAAAGCAUUUUAGGCCUUGAACUUGCAGGAGAUGCUUUGAAUGGAGGCACAGAAACCGAAGUAACGACAUUGGAGGCACACACAUUGGGUGACCAAGUCAUGGACAGCUGUGAAACGUUCUCCAGUCUUCCUGUUUUGCUGUCUGUAGACUCCAAAGACACAGCCAAUGAAAACGCUUUAUUUUUCAAAGAACAGUAUCCUAACCAGCCUCCUGUUUGUACCACUCCCAAGUCAAAGGUCUGUUCCUCCAUUACAGAAACUCUUAGAGAAAAAGGUAACAUGCAAAUAUUGCAUAACUACUUAACUCAAUUGGAAAAGGACAUUCCUCUAUAUUCUGGGACUGCUGUGGCAAUAGAAUAUAAAAACACAUUUUUGAGACAACCUUCAGUCCAGACACCAGAAAUGACUACUGCUUAUUGGCUUUCACCUCCUCUUGAUGGAGGCACAUGGCCAAGAUCUUUAGGGCUGGAGUGGUUUCCAGAAUUGUAUCCGAAUUAUCACAGGCUGGGUUUAUUUUCAAGGAGGUCGUCUCACUGGGAUACACCAAUCGCACAAGUUCAAGAUCUUAUUCUCCCUUGCAGAGGCCAGCAAGCCUGGAACAGAUACUACAAGUACAUCAAUGGAAAAAAGAGCAGAGUGGCUGGAAUCAUCUCUAUGUUGGUGUUAGGCUACUGUGUGCUCAGCUACGCCUGGAGCUAUGAACACACCAAACACAGUUAUUGGCGGAAAUACCACUGAGUUGGGGAUAUGAGGAUUUGACCAAAGCAACAGAUGUGCAGACUAGGCCCAGUUCCAAUUAUACGUCUGUUCCCUGAGAAAUAGCAACCUGCUGAAGACUGUAGCAGCCAUUCUACAUUUAAAACUGCCUUUGAAAUAAGAUAUUGGUCAUGGUAAAGAAGUAUGAACUAUGACAGCUGUAUCCGCUGGGACUAUAACUUUCUGACAUAAAUUAAUAGAAAUAAAAUCAUAGAAUAGAAUAA